GCAGAAACACUGUUUUUUUGGCUGACAUGGCAACCAGCGGAUACUCCGACUUGAGAGAGAAGUUGAAGUCCAUGACUCCACACGGAGACGAGAAGAAAAACAAAUACGCGGACGGCACGAGUAACGGCGGCGAAAAGGGUAAAAAGCGUAAGAGCCGAGAAUCCGACGACGACGACUACGAGCACAGCGAUGACAGCGCGGACAUCCGGGAGCAGGAGGCCCGCCGGGUGAGGAGCAGCAUCCUGCAGAAGAGCGUCUUCACCCCGGAGGAGUGCGCCCUCAUCGAGGAGAAGAUCGACGACGUGGUGGCCAAAGGAGAGGCUGGACUUUACCGCGAGCACACCGUGGACAGGGCCCCCCUCCGGAACAAGUAUUUCUUCGGGGAGGGGUACACGUACGGAUCCCAGUUGGAGAAGCGUGGACCCGGCCAAGAGAGGCUGUACCGUAAAGGGGAAGUGGAUGACAUCCCGAACUGGGUGCAUGAGCUGGUGAUUAAGCGUCUGGUGUCCAGUGGAGUGAUCCCGGAAGGUUUUGUCAACAGCGCGGUCAUUAAUGAUUAUCAACCAGGUGGCUGCAUUGUGUCACAUGUGGAUCCUCUGCACAUAUUUGCACGUCCCAUCGUCUCGGUGUCCUUCUUCAGUGACAGCGCGCUCUGCUUCGGCUGCCGCUUCCAGUUCAAGCCGAUCCGAGUGUCAGAGCCUGUGUUUGUCCUGCCCGUGAGGAGAGGGAGUGUCACAGUGCUCAGUGGUUACGCCGCUGAUGACAUCACUCACUGCAUCCGACCACAAGACAUCAAGGAGCGGCGUGCGGUUAUCAUUCUGAGAAAGACUAGACCUGAUGCCCCUCGAGUGGACUCUGACAGCCCAUUGAGCUCAUCGCCUGUAGAGAGACCUGCUCCUCUGAAAGCCAAACGCACUCGCAGAGCAGACCCUGAUGCUGCUCACAGGCCAAGAGUUCUCGAGAUGGACAAAGAGGAGAACCGACACCCGUCCAACUCCCGCCAACGCCGUCACAGCAUCAGCUCAGAGAACUACUGGAGACGUGGGGGUCAAGACUCUGACAAACACAGAGAGAGUUCAGGACGCAAAGUCAAAAUGAGACGCCACUGAGCACUUCUCUCUCCACACGUGUACGCAUAUAUAAAUAUACCCGCUCAUUUAUGAAGUUCAGUAUUGUAAUAUUCUUUGAUCGGACAUCAUUUAUUUUGCUCACGGAACUGAGUCAUCUUGUCUGCGUUUUGAUUUGAGUCUUGAUCCGAUUGAGUGCAUUUUCUGUUUCUGGCAGAUGAAGCUGGCGUCUCUGCUACAAAGUGCAAAUCCUCAAGUUACUUAGUACAGUCGGGCUCUGUUGUUAAGAUGAUCUUUACCUUAAAUUAAACAUUUCUUCUCUCUAUGCCCAUAGAUACUUAAAAAUGGCAUGUAUUUUUUGUAACAAAGAUGUACAGACCGCAAGAGAUAAGAGGAAGAUGUAUGUAUGGACUUGUACAAAAGGAGCUGUAAUCUAACUUGUUAUAAUGUACAAUAGGUUUGUAUAUUCUUUCAUCGGGGAAACUUUUAUGCAGAAUGAAACCUUUGUUUUUUCAAACCUACGAUACUGACUCGUGAUUACUUUGUCACACCAGAUCUUUGGUAUUUGUUCACUUCCCUGUUGUAGUUUCUGUUGAAACAAUGAGAAUAUGUUCAGCAAACUUCCUGAGUUCUGAAUUGAUUAAACACUAACUUAAGCUUUGAUAAAUACUCUAAUUUCAGUCUAAAGAGAGAGACCAUGUUAUUGCUGUUCUGCAUUUAAUCGAUGUUUUCAUUUUUUAUUUUGGGCCAAUCAGAACUUUAAAUUGGCAAAAGUAUUUCUAUUAUUUGUUUUUCAAUCUUUCAAAAAACAAGAAAGAGAAGAAUCUCACUUUCCAGACAUGUUUGCCCUUGCAGUUCACUGUAAACACGGCUACAUUUAUUUCUUGCUCCUUGUCAGCCAUGUUUGGCAAAGGUGCUUUUUUAACUGACUGCCAGGGUUGUCUGUAGUUACACAUUAAUCAAAGUAACCUUCGUAAUUACUUUGUAAAACCAGUUUUGUCCAUGGUUUUCUGAGGUUCUGCUACAGCUGUGAACUUGCACCUGUUAGAAAAGGUUUAAAAUAACAGUUAACAAGCAGGACAUACUGGAGAUUUGGACUCCUACUUUGUGGACAGAGUAGUGACAAUAUGGUUUCAAGGCGUCAGGGGCCUUUUAUUUUUUAUUUUUGGCUGCUAAGGUUCUGCCUGAGUGGAAUAAAUCCAAAAUUGUUUCCCAUA